AUGCACGAUCAGCGAGAUCUGGAGAUGAUCGAGGAGACAGGGAUCAACGGCUUCCUCGCGCGGCACCUGUCUAGCCUGGCCUUGGGCCUCGCCGAGGGCACCCGCUGUGUUACCUGGCAGGCGGAGCACGCCUACGAGAUCCUGAAGGUAUUUGAGCUGGAUUCCGAGCUGCAUAGGAACGAUGGCCGCGUGAACUGCAAGGGAUUUGGGCGAAGCUCUGUGAAGAUGUUCAGAGAGGACCCGUACCCGCGGCCCUGCCCCAGCCUGCGCCAGUGUGAGGUGCUGGCGCGCUGGAAGGAGGCACUGGCACCAUUAGAGCCGAAGAGGAAGGCGGAGGCGUCUCAGGCCGCCGCUGUGGCGAGCCGCGGCUUCUGGGCCCGGCUGCCGCGAACGGCUCAGCAGCUGGCGCUCAGCUUCCUGAUGACUUGGCCGGGCUUCAGGAGGCUGUGCGCUGCCUCCCGCCAGAUGAAGGACUCCUGCCACCAGCCCAACAGCUGGCAAGGCGUCCUGGUCACGGCGGAGGGCCUGCAAGCUGGACCUCGAUCAAAGGAAAGUCACCUAUGUUGCAGGAUGGUAUGCAUGUGCCGCUUGGCGGUCCUGGCUUUCAACCAAAACCAGCCCAUGCUGCUGGGUGAUAGCUGCGAGCCUCUGCAGAGGCUGGCGCAGCUCUUCGACCUGCAGGGCGUCGCGUGGCAGAUCCACUUGUCUGAGGAUGAGCAGGAGAAGUUCAUGAUCGUGCCGCGAGACGCCCCGAAGAAGAAGAAGAGGAAGACGCGGCCGAGAGGACAUAUCAUGAAGCCGGAGGUUGUGGUGCAACUCCCUGGCAACGACGAGUUCAAGCCGCACGAGCUCGCCCUCCGCAACGGCACGCAUCAGAUGACCCUGGUUGCAAGCAAUCAUCUGGUGCAGAUGAGGCCGCAUCAUGGCACUGUGGGUGGCUGCUGGUAUGAGGUCUUUUCGGCGGAGGUGGUUUGGGACUUUGAGCCUGACAUCGCGGGCUGCGAGGCGCUCUUCGGGCUGGGCUUCGGCACGCUGAGGGGCAACAAGGGCCAGCACCUCACCAUGGCGGCGGCGCGCUCCAGGGAGCAUAUCUUCAAAGUCUUCGGCGUGGGCUUGGCACGGGAGAUGAAUUCCCACGCGCCCCCAAAGCCAGGCGUCUAUCUCGGCCAGUACACCCCUGGUGAUCCGGUAGACGAAGAGGAGGUGCACGAGCUGCAGGAUCCCAUGGGGCUUCUGCAGCCGAAGGACUGGCAGACUUCGCCCUACCGCCUCGACUUCUCGCCUGAGCGCCUGCGGCGCGAGGAUGUGCUGGGCCUGGCACUCGUGGAUGUGAUGACCAGAGGCGAAUCCCAAGCUGCAUACUCUGGCUUGGUCUUCCUGCACAACAGGAAAGCCGUGGGCGGCUGCUGGUUCCCGCCUAUGAAGCGGAGGGCACAGGACGGGCGCGCGCGGGUGUUUGGGGGCCCGGAGCCGCAAAAGGCGAUGCGGCUCUACGCCGAGCCGCCCAAAGCAGGGGGACACCUGGUGUUCCCGGCCACUCGUGGGGCUGAGCUGGAGGAGCUGCUGCCGGUGCUGAGCAACGCGCCGUGGGUGCUGCCGCGGGGAACCCCAGCGAAAGAGGGGGCGGGAGGGGAGGUGCAGCGAGACCUGAAGCCAUCGGGGCGUGGCCAGCUCCACACAAAGUCCCCGAGUGAUCUGCGAACUGCGGCUGGAGGGCACCCGGUGCACCGUGGUCCAAACGCCCCAGUGGGCACCAUCGAUCCGCGGGCCCAUGAGGUGCACUUCGGCGACGGCCUGCUGCGCCAGGUGCCUCAGGCCACCCAGGCCGCCGCGGCGCGACGCCUGGCGGCCGCGACCGCCAGGAGCCAGGCAAACACCUUCGUGCGGCCCGCCCCUGCGAAGUGUGCGUCGCGACUCCCCCCCCGGCCGAUCCCUGUGACACCGUACUAUCGCUCCUGCUUCCAGUCGCCACAGGCGACGGCCAGCCAGGAGGACCUGGAGGUGCCACGCCAGGUGCAAAGCCCUUACCAGCCUCAGGACUCGCCCGUCCCGCCGGCCUGGAGCAGGGUGCUGGAGCCGCGAGCAGGUCCCAGCCGCUCGCCCCCGCGCUCGCCAGAGGCGGCGCAGACGGCGAGUGCCAACGCGAACAACUUCGUGCCGCGCUCGUGCCAGGCCCCCGCCGCGGCGCCGGCGCCGCGGGACCGGCCGGAGCGUGCGAGCUCCGACGAGCGCCAGGAAGACAGGUGCUACGGCUCGCCGGCUCGGACGUUUGCACGUGAUGAGUACAGGACCCCCACGCGCGCACCGAGCCGCGGGGAUCGGGGCUCGGAAGCCCGCUCCAAUGCGCAGGUGCGGACGCGCUCCAUCGACAUGGCCCGAAACGCGGCUUUCUCCGGCUGCCACUCGGACCGCCUCGCGCUGAAGCAGCGAGGAGCAGCAGUGCAGAGGCCGGUGGAGACGGAUGACUGCGCCGAGUACUCGGAUCGCUUCCUGCCAGGCUACGAGAAGUCCCACCUCUUGGGCCGGGGCGCCUGCGCUGUGGUGUGGUUAGCAACCCCCAUGGGGUCGAGGACGCCCGUGGCGAUCAAGCAGGUUGCCAAGGGUACGACCGGCAAAAAGAAGUCUGAUACGGAGGCGGCUCGGAAGGAGAUCCUCUUCGGCUCAUACUUCUUCAACACCGGCGGCGAGCCGAAGAUGUCGGUCAAGAAGUCGCCAGGCAUCGCGCACAUCGCGAAGCUUUUGGACUUUGUGGAAACCAAGCGCGACAUCUGGCUGGUCAUGGAGUUUGGAGGCACCUCGCUGACAAAGAUGGCCUACGAGAUCAAGGGCGAGUUCGUGCGCGGGGAGCGGCUCUACAAGGUGAUGCAUCUGCCGCUUCUGGAGUCCAUGAAGCGGGACGCCCGGGUGCUCAAGGCGGUGCUGCGUCAGCUGCUCUCGGCCUUGGCGCUCUUUGCGGAGCACCGGGUGGUGCACUCGGACAUCAAGCCGGACAACAUCCUGGUGGAUCAGGAUGAGCGCGGCCAGGUGCGAGUGCGCUUCAUCGACCUGGGCAGCGCCUUCUCCUUCGACUCCCCGGAGAGCCUCAGCGUGGCGACGCCCGAGUACAUGCCUCACGAGGGCCUCGAAGUUUGUGCUGGCCGAAAUGCAGGCGCAAGCAAUACCCUGGCGCGCGGCCGCACAAGUAUGGCUGCACGCUUGACAGGCAACGUGCCGGUGCAAAGCCGGGUGCCGAAAGCGGAGUCCAUGGAGUCUCUGAAAUCCCAGCCCUGGUCCUUCGACGUGUGGUCCCUGGGAUCCAUCCUGCUGGAGAUGAGCCUAGGAACUCCUCUCUGGCUCUCGUACAAGUGCCGCGUGGCCUCGGAUCAGCGGAACAUCGCGGGCCUGGGCCUCUUUGCGGUACCUGGCCGAGAUCCAGAGAAGAUCCUGCUGCGCCAGGCGGAGGCCGUGUGCCACCGGGGCCUCGCGGCGGUGCUGCGCAACGCGCCGGGGGUGCCGCUGGAAGCGGAAGGCGGCCUGGAGCUACUGGAGCAGAUGAUGUCUUGGGAUCCCAUGGCCCGCAUCAGCCCCAAGGAUGCCUUGGCGCAUCCCUGGCUGGAGGACUAG